UAAUGUUGGCAGACAGCGAUCGAUCGACGGUUGUGAUGGAAGUGUCAAAGGGGCACGAUGGAAUAGUAACCCAAUAACAUGAACCUCGUGCCCCUUCCGAAUACGAACGACAUAUAUAGAGGAAGAGAAGGCCAUGAUUUUUUAUUCACGGGCGUUGAUCGACGCGAGUGUCUACUAAGAGGAUGACAAGAGCUUCGUGAGCUUGCCAUUCGGUCAGAACGUUCUGUUCGAAUAGAUUUCUGUGUUUAGUGCGGAAGUGAAUGAGAGUUGCGAAUGAGCAGAUUUAUAAAGAAGAGAUUCAUAACACUUCAGAUUCUUGAAGAACAAAUGACCAGCUAAAAAUCACCAUUAUUCUCAAAAGUGGAAAUUUUUAAGUGGAAUUAGUCAACAUUUUCAUUCUUUUUCAAUAAUAACUCACGGUCAAAACGAUGUCUUAUUAUCAAACACGAAAGCAUCGACUUGGCUGGCUUGCAGGAAUUUUUCUGCUCUCUCUCGUUUUGGUCUCAUCGCACGAAGUUGUGCCUCCGAAUCAUCAGGGUACACCAGAUGCAUCGACCUUGAAGAUAGAAGCCAGAGAAUCCGAGGCGUCGAUAAUUUUGGGAAAGGAUCUCGUUCUUGGUCCACCUUUGUCGACUAAAGCGACGAUCAUCGCUAAUUUCAGCAACUCCGACGAUGUUGCGCACACAAAAGUUAAUUCUCUCGUAACUUCCACAAUCGGCAAUCGGAUACCUUCUGAAGAACGUAGUAAAAGCAUUUUCCGGAAACCCUCCAUCGCGAAAAAUGAGACUUUUCGAGGAUCUUACAUCGUCGAUAGUCGUUAUCUGGCCAGCAAAGGCCCGAAGACUGCCUGGAAAAGAGACAGCUAUCUCGAAGCACUGAGACACUCGCGCAACAGCGAAGAUCCGCGAGAAGGGAUCGUGCAGACGGACUUAAAGACGAAGACGAAUAGAAGAGAAUAUACACAGGGACCGAUUUACAGACCGGAAACGGAGUACGGUUCGCCCGAAUCGUCAUACCCACCCAAGAAUCCGCAAGUCACUUACGGAGGACCUAGCAAUUCUUAUCCCCAAUCUUUCAAACCGUCAACGGGCUACAACGUCCCACAAAAUUCUUAUGGUCCGCCACAGAAUCCGUACGGAACGUCGCAAAAUCCCUCGUAUUAUCCGCAAACUCCUUCAUACGGACCGCCCGAGAAUUCUUAUCCACCACCUCAACAAGGUGAGGCCAAAGGAUAUGGCCCUUCUGUACACACUUCCAUUCCAACUCCAAUCUACAGCGCGCCUUAUGCACUACCGGAUGUUUCUUCUAUUUCCCUUCUGCCGAGCUUCGAUUUAGGUUUGCCGUUCGCUCUCAAACUGAACGCAUUCACCAUUGCAAAAAUCAUAUUAAAGUUAGUGAUCUUCAAGAUGAUCGUAAAAUUUAUCGCGGUAAUCUGCUUGUUACUUUUCAUACCAAAACUUGAGAUAAUCAAGAAAAAAGUCUCCAAUAAAGACGACGACGAUGAAGAACGUAGUUUAUCAUCGCCUUUUACGAGUUUAGAAACACUAAAUAGGCUCGAAGGCGUAGUUAGAAGUUCCGUCGAGAAGUACGAGGCACAAAACAACACUCGUUUAAAUUCCACGGAGAAAUGUACGACUCUUACGUGUCGCAUCACUGAAGCGCUUACGUUUCACGAAUCUUGGUAUGACUACUUGAAUUUAUUUAACAGCUACACGGAGGAAGAGAGACAGCUAACGAAACAGAAAGAGCAGUGAGAAGAAGUUCACAUUAUCAUCGAAUUUCAUUUUCACGUUCAUCUUUUUACACUCGUAUUAUUUAUUAUAUUUAUUUAUUUAUAUUUUAUAAAAAAAAUAUUUUCUCGAAAUCUCUGCUGAAUGCUUAAUUCAUCCUCCUGAUUCUGAUCGAUUUUUAAUCACAUAAUUAAAAGAUAACUUUAAAAAUAUAUAUCUUAUAAGCAUAAUUUAAAAAAUCCUUUGCAAAAUGCUGCGAAACGUCAUCCGGAUCAAGCUUGUAUCGACGUCAUACGAGACGUUUAAGGAAGAUUACAGGAAUGAGCUUUCCUUUCAGCCAUGACACCGGGAUUAUUCGAUGCUAUUACGUACUAAUUGUAAGUAGUGAAGUGUACAAGUGCGCUAGAAAAUAAAGUUUUACCUGAACAAAAGUAUUUUUGCUCCCAGUUUUUAAUAGGUAAUUAAAUAUAUGGAUAUAUCGACGCAAAUGGUAAGUGUAAUUUUAUAUGUUUCUUAUUUAUCCGUAUGA